AAUAAAUUUCCGCAGAUUUAACAGAACUAUCUAGAAAGAACCUAUCCUUUACCAUCCCGGAUUCUCCCUGCCACUACAAAUUCCCAACUUCGCAAACCCUAGGCAGCAGCAGCAGCAGCAACAACAACAGCAACGAAGAAUUCGAAGAGAAAUCAAAUCGAAUCUCAUUUGAUCUGUGUGUGGUUGCGGCGGCGGCAAUGGCGGAGCACUUGGCAUCGAUAUUCGGGACGGAGAAGGACAGGGUGAACUGCCCGUUCUACUUCAAGAUCGGCGCGUGCAGGCACGGCGACCGGUGCUCGCGUCUCCACACGAAGCCGAGCAUAAGCCCCACUAUUCUCCUCUCCAACAUGUACCAGCGCCCUGACAUGAUCACCCCCGGCGUCGACGCCCACGGCCACCCCAUCGACCCUCGCAAAAUCCAGGACCACUUCGAGGAGUUCUACGAAGACCUCUUCGACGAGCUCUCCAAGUACGGUGAUAUCGAAAGCCUCAAUGUCUGCGACAACCUCGCCGACCACAUGGUGGGGAAUGUGUACGUUCAGUUCAGAGAGGAGGAGCAUGCCGCUAAUGCUGUUAGGAACCUCACUGGAAGGUUUUAUGCAGGUCGGCCAAUUAUUGUUGAUUUUUCGCCGGUGACGGAUUUCCGAGAAGCUACUUGCAGGCAGUAUGAGGAGAAUACUUGCAACCGUGGUGGUUAUUGCAACUUCAUGCACUUGAAGAGAAUUAGCAGGGAAUUGAGGCGUCAGUUGUUUGGGAAGUCCCAUGGAAGGCACAGCAGAAGCAGAAGCAGGAGUCCUUACAGGCAUCGAAGCCAUGAGGAGCGGUCUCAUCGAAGUCAUAGCAGAAAGUAUGAUGACAGGGACCACCAUCAUGAGAGUCGCAGCAGGAGACACAGGAGCACAAGUCCUAGACAUAGGAGAGGACGAAGUCGCAGCCGAAGUCCUGGAGGGAGGAGGCACCAUAGUCCGGUUAGAGAUGGCAGUGAGGAGAGACGUGCCAGAAUUGAGCAAUGGAACAGGGAGAGGGAAGACCAAGAACCUGGGUAUAAGGUUAAUGCUGAGGAAAUCAAUAAUGGUAAUGCUAGCAAACAUCAUGGGCAUCAGCAGCAGGAGCAGGAACCGCAAUCACCUCAGGAGGGACAAUGAUCUGUUUAUGUUGUAAUGGUUCAUGGCUUGCUCUUUGAGGAUGUUUUAACGGAUCUUUCAGCUGGCAAGUAAUCGUGUUUGUAGGAGAAGCCUUGGCUGGUUUACUUGCUGCAUUUGUGCAGGCUCUGAGGAAGAUGGCUUCAUUUUUAUAAUUUUAUUUAGUUUUCUUUUUCCUGGCAUAUUAGGAUUUUUUAGUGUGUAAACCUUCGAACCCAAUUGUGCGCUUGUAAAAUUGUUACUUUGAGGAAGCAGCUUUUGAACGUUUAAUACAUUAUCGACGUGCAUGCAUUUCCUUGAUAA